UCCUGCCGAGGUGUAUGGGGGAAAUAGGCGGAUUUUUGGUUCAUCCUUGUACACCGUUUGUACCGACUUCCCCACACAAAACCGUGAUGUUGUGUACUGUACGCUUCACCUUACUUUAUGCCCGCUUGAUUUGUUCGUGUCACUCGCGACUAACCACAGGAUCAAACCAGAAUCAAGGGAGGGCUAUAAAAUGAAAAAAAGACAUUCAAAUUUCUCCUUUCUAUUUCUUAUAUCAU